CGUCGCUGUGACAGAGAUCGGCAUUUCCGCAAAUUUCGAAAAUAAAAAACAAACAAAAAAAGGCAACCAAAGAAGCGUCGUGCAUGCAGUUACCCCCAAGUUCUCUUCACUCUAAUGGAGACAAGUUAAAAAAUGGAAAGCGAUUUUAAAGUUCAUGAUUUUCUACAAUCUCUUCGUGAAACGAAACCGCCAUGGGAAUGCCCAAUCUGUCAAAAAACUUACAAAAGUUACGUGGGGAUUGAGAAUCACUUGUUAAACUUCGACCACAACGCUCCUGCAGGGAGCCAAAGCCCUGGCCCCACCCCUUCAAGAAAAUUUAAGCUGAAAUCGUCAAAAAAGAAGAAGAAUAACAAACUUUUCCGUCGCUCCCCGUCCCCUGUUGACUUCACAGCCCCAGCCAGGGAAACAUUAACGUGGGCCGAAGCUCAGAGGAUGGUAGAAGUUGAAUCAGAAGGGAAAACUUAUAGAUUAAACAUCAGCGACAAACUCGACAUUAUUUCCGAUUCCGACGUCGACAAGGAGGAAGAUUCGAACGAAGAGAGCGAAAAAAACAACAAACGGAACGAAAAAUCUCCCUCGCCAGUUGUAAACAGCAAAGACUUAAAGGACGUAACCUUAGUGUGCACUUCACAAGAUACACAGAACAGCUUCCUAAACAACAAUGUCCCUGGCAACACUGUAAAACCACUGCCACAGCCAACUUUCAGGGUAUUACCUCAAUAUGAUAAAGAAACAGUGGACGCUCCUAAAAGGAAGACGGCUUAUUAUCGUUACAUUGAAACUCCAGCUGAAGACUUGGCUGAAGAGGUUGAGUACGACAUGGAUGAGGAAGAUGCGGUAUGGCUUGAACUGAUGAACAACCAUCGUAAGGACGACGGGCAAGCCAUGGUCACCGCUGAUCAACUUGAGUUGUUGAUGGACAGGUUUGAAAAAGAAUCGUAUUUUGAACAAGCACGGAAUGGAAAUGGAGUGUCAGGGAACCAGCCGAUGAUCGACGAAGACGCUGUGUGUUGCGUUUGUAACGAUGGUGAAUGCCAGAACUCCAAUGUCAUCUUGUUCUGCGAUAUGUGUAACCUGGCUGUGCACCAGGAAUGCUAUGGUGUCCCUUAUAUACCUGAGGGUCAAUGGUUGUGUAGGAGGUGUCUACAAUCCCCAUCUUGCCCCGUUAGUUGCAGGUUGUGCCCUAAUAGAAGUGGUGCGUUCAAACAAACGGAUGAUGGACACUGGGCGCAUGUGGUAUGUGCUCUAUGGGUCCCAGAAGUUGGGUUCGCGAACACUGUCUUCCUCGAACCCAUCGAUGGUUUGAAACGAAUCCCUGCAGCUCGAUGGAGGCUUAGUUGUUAUAUAUGUAAACAACGGCAUGCAGGGGCAUCCAUACAAUGUCAUCGCGCUAACUGCUACACUGCUUUCCAUGUAACAUGUGCCCAACAAGCUGGCUUGUACAUGAAGAUGGAGCCAGUUAGGAAGGCUGGUCGUAAUGGUAUGACAGUUACAGUGGAGAAAGAAGCUUAUUGUGACGUGCAUACACCACCUGAUGCUUCGCCACGACAGUAUAAAGCUAACGGUUUACUGAAAAACAACUUUGAAGAACCGGGUUCUACUGAAAAGAUGAAGCGAGCACGAAGAAUAUUGGCCGAGAAACGACAUGAGAUGCCACAGAUUGCUAUCCCGUAUAUUCCAAGGGAUAAGAUAAGCCACAUUGGACGCAACAUAAACAUCCAGAAGAAAGGAGUGUUCAUGCAACGGUUGUUGAGUUAUUGGACGUUGAAACGACAAUCUCGUAACGGAGUUCCGCUGCUUAGAAGGUUGCACUCACAUGUUCAACCCCAUAAGCUGCAUGAAGGGGGCACUUCACACCAGAACGAGUUGAUUGGUCAAUUAAAGUUCUGGAACCGAUUACGACACGAUUUGGAACGAGCUCGAUUGUUGAUCGAACUUAUUCGUAAACGGGAGAAGUUAAAAAGGGAGCAAGCCAGAAUAUCUCAGGCUGUCAUGGAGCUCCGUGUGCUUCCGUUGGUCGUUCUGCUACGUCGUACCCUACAACGGCUUCGUAACAUUGAUGUGGCAGAGAUCUUCCUCAAGCCCGUCACUGCCAAGGAGGCUCCCAACUAUUUCAAGAUCAUUACAACCCCCAUGGACUUUACUAAGAUGGGUAGCAAAGUAGAAGGACAUCAGUACAAAUCAAUGGAGGAAUUCGAAGCCGACUUCAACCUCGUGAUAAGGAAUUGUAUGUUGUACAACACAAGGGAUACCGUUUAUUAUCGUCUCGCUGUUAAAAUGAGGGAUCACGGUGGAGCCGUGAUCCGAUUAAUGAAGAAAGAAAUCGAGCGAGUUGGUUUGGACACCAAUACUGGUAUGUUGAUGCCUCAUGCCCCAUGUGUGGCCAUUACGCAAGUUGUAUCAGAUGAAGACCGAGGCAAAUUAUCGUUAAACGAACAGAAACAAAUCUUGUUGGAAAAACUUGAUUUUGCGAUUCUUAACCAACUUAAGACAAAGAAAAUACGGAACGAGCUUGCUGGCUUAAGGAGGAAAAUGCGCAAAACUUCAAGUUCCACCGAGGAUGUCGGCGAUCAACGUCGAACGUCCAACGAUGAAAAAUCAUCGUCUGUCGAUUCUGAUAAUCCCAAUGUUGUUAAAUGCGAAGUAGGGAAGACAAGAAAAAGACUUUGGUCGGCGCGGUCCCCGGUCCCAAAUAAUAUUUCUGAAACCGAGCAGAAAAAACUUAAAUUAUCUCGAUCUACAAGCUGCCCUACUGUAGAUCAAGAUACUGUGGAGAGUGGGACCACGCACAAGGAGGGACCAGGGUCCACAAAUGGCUCCGUAAAUUCAGCCAACUCUGACUCGGAAAACGGGUCAAAAAAUUGCGUGAACCGCAGAACUGCCGUGCUCUUCAAGAAAAAGCAUAAAAAGGUCAACACUGGGAAUUUAGCACCUGGAAACACUGCUAUAGUUACAAACAAUGGGGACAAAGAAAUGGAAGAUCGGAUUUUAAAAAAUACUCCGACGAAACUAACCAGAGUGAAAGAUGAAAACAUAGAUAUCAUAGUAAAUGGUAUAACAGGGGACACGGAGCACUCACCCUCUAAACCCCGGGACGACAGUUUCCGAUGUUACCGUGACGACCCAACGACACAUAACACGUCCGAUUCAUCAGAUGCUCAAUCUACCAACAGCAAUCAUACUACAAGACCCACAAAAAAGAAUCCAUCCCCCAAGAAAAAGCGAAGCCAUUCAUUGGACGAUAAUAUUUACAACAACCAAUCAGACGUGGCAAGCGAGAAUUCAAACGACGACCCACCGGGACUCCUGAUAACAGACCCCAUGGGCCAACCCUUCCAACGCCAACAAAGCUGCAUUUCCACCACUGAAGAAGACAUUGAUGAAAGCGACUUCCCCCAUAUUGAACCAUUAGAUCUGGUGUGGGCGAAAUGUAGGGGGUACCCACCUUAUCCUGCCCUGUUAAUAGACCCCAUGAUGCCCCGCGAUGGUUACUCCCACAACGGGGUUCCGAUCCCCGUACCCCCAUAUGAUGUUUUACAAGUUGGUAACAAGAGGGUUGGGUGCGAGAAACAUCGACUUUACCUCGUGCUUUUCUUUGAUACCAAGAGAACAUGGCAAUGGCUUCCACGCAACAAACUCGAGCGACUCGGAAUCGACAGAAAAUCUGACGAGACGAAACUUUCCGAGGGUCGACGACCGGCACUUCGUAAAAACGUUGAGUCAGCGUAUAAGCGUGCCAUCUUACACCGAAGCCGGGUAACGGGGGAAAUACCGGACAGCGACGAGGAUGAAUCUGUGGGUUGACUUGUAGAUAUUUUGUAUUGUGCAACACUAGGAUUAUUUUGUAUUGCGCAACACUAGGAUUACACAUAAUAUUCAAGUAUACGAUGAUUGAAUAAAAAUCACUGGAUUUUUUA